AUGAAAGUUCAGAAGAAAACUACAAAAAGAAAGUUGAAUAAUCUGAAAACUGAAAAUCAUGUUAGAGAGAAAGAAAAGGAUUUAACAAAACUUGAACUUGAAGAAAAAUCGGAUUCAGGGACUGAAGAUUUGUUAUUAACUGAAGUAAAUAAUAAUGAUGAAAGCACAGAUGAAGAAGCUGAUGAAAAUGAAAAUGUUCCCGAGUCAGAUACUGAGAAAGAUCCAAUUGCCUUUGAAUCUGAUGAUGACAAAGAUGAAUUAAAUUUUGAAUCUGAUUCUGAUUCUGAUGAUCGUGGUUUAGAUGCUGACUAUUCAGAAACUGAUGAUGAAAAUAGUUCUCUUGAUGAAAGCAGUAUAAAUGAAAUUUUAGGUGAAAGAAGUUCUGUAACUAUUUCAACAUUAAAGCCAAGUAAACUUAAAACAAAAAAUAAUGAAUCUUCUGCAUUUAAUAGUAAUAACACAAAUAAAGUUGAUAAGUUAAAUAAACUAAUUAAUUCUAAAAUUAUGCAAGAAAGUAAAAUGCAGAGUGAGAAAAGUGUAAAAUCAAAAAAAGAUGCAGAGAAAUCAAAACAAGAUACUGUAUCUAGUACAAGUAAUGAGAAUGCAUUUAAUGAUAAAACAGUAGCAAAUCAUCCAGUAGAUGAAUAUGAAUAUGAUAGUUCUGAUGAAGAAGAUAUUCGUAAUACAGUUGGAAACAUACCAAUGAAAUGGUACAAUAAUUAUGAUCAUAUUGGCUAUAACUGGGAUGGUAAAAAAAUUAUAAAACCUCAAAAAGGUGAUCAAUUAGAUAACUUUUUGAAAAGAAUGGAAGACCCAGAAUUUUGGAGAACAAUUAAAGAUCUUCAAACUGGACAAGAUAUUGUGUUGAGUGAAGCAGAUAUAGAUUUGAUUACAAGAAUUCAAAAACGAAAAAUUCCUGAUGCAACUUUCAAUGAAUAUGCUCCAUGGAUAGAAUGGUUUACGUCAGAAGUAAUAAAAACCCCAUUACGUAAAUUUCCUGAACAUAAGCGUUCGUUUUUGCCAUCUAAAUCAGAAGCUAAAAAGGUAUCAAAAUUAGUUCAUGCACUUAAAAUGGGUUGGAUAAAAUCUACUGCUGAAUUAGAAAAAGAAAGGCAACAGAAGAAAAAUGAACCACAAUUUUACAUGUUGUGGCAAUCGGAUGAUCAAGCUGAAGAAAUGCGUAGAAUUCAUAAACAUAUCCCAGCACCAAAAAGACAUUUACCUGGACAUGCAGAAAGUUAUAAUCCUCCGCCAGAGUAUUUAUUCGACAAGAAGGAAUUAAAAGAAUGGACUAAAUUACAAACAGCUCCAUGGAAACGAAAAUUACACUUUAUUCCACAAAAAUAUAAUUCACUUCGUGAAGUUCCUUCCUAUCCUAAGUACAUUAAAGAAAGAUUUCAGAGAUGUUUGGAUUUGUAUUUGUGUCCAAGAGCAUUAAAAAUGAGAUUAACAAUAGAACCUGAAGCAUUAGUACCUCAAUUGCCCAGUCCAAAGGAUCUGCAACCAUUUCCUACAACAAUGUCUAUGGUAUUUAAAGGUCAUGUAGACAUGGUGAGAAGUAUUACAGUAGAACCAAUGGGACAAUACAUUGCUUCCGGUGGAGAUGAUAUGAAUUUAAAAAUAUGGGAAAUAGCAACAGGCAGAUGUGUAAAAACAAUACUUUGUGGUGGAAUAAUUAGGUGUGUAGCCUGGUGUCCAAAUCAAUCUUUAUCACUUAUAGCAGUAGCUGCAGAGAAAAAGGUUCUUUUGAUAAAUCCUGGUGUUGGAGAUCAUUUAAUUACUAGCAAAGCAAAUCAGUUACUAGAAAUAAUACCUCAAAAUGAUAUUAUAGUAAGUGAAAGAGUGAAAACUGUUGUUGAGUGGAAACAAGCAGAAAGUGAACACUGGACCAAUGGCAUUAGAAUCAUUUUAAAUCACUUUAAAGUAGUGAAACAAGUAACAUGGCACGGUAAAGGUGAUUACUUUGCCACUGUUAUGCCAGAUGGUCAAAAUAGAUCUGUCUUAAUAAAUCAGUUAUCAAAACGAAGAUCGCAAUUGCCUUUUACCAGAUCAAAAGGUUUAAUACAAUGUGUUUUAUUCCACCCAAUUAGGCCUUAUUUGUUUGUAGCGACUCAACGAAAUGUGCGGAUAUACGAUUUAGUAAAACAAGAAAUGAUUAAAAAAUUAUUAUCGAACUCACAAUGGAUAUCAUCAAUGACGAUACAUCCAGGAGGUGACAAUAUUUUAGUAGGCACUUACGAUCGCAAAAUGCUUUGGUUUGAUAUUGAUUUAAGUACAAAACCUUACCAAACAUUACGCUUACAUGGUACAGGUGUACGUGGUGUUGCAUUUCACAAACGAUAUCCUCUUUUUGCAUCUGGUGCUGAUGAUAAGAGUCUUAUUGUUUCCCACGGAAUGGUGUACAAUGAUUUACUGAAAAAUCCACUGAUUGUGCCACUUAAGAGAUUAUGCAAUCAUGAAUCUUACAAUGACUUUGGUAUUUUGGAUGUAAUAUUUCACCCCAUUCAACCAUGGGUAUUUUCUGCAGGUGCAGAUUCAACAAUUCGAAUGUAUACUUGA